AUGCCGUUGCAGAAAGCUACACCGCCGCCACGAGGUCCGCAGCCCACAUCCUCCAGCCCUUCUCACAACGAUGAUUCUGGUUCUGGAGGUAGGGAUUUGCCCGUUCAGCCAAUGUCCUGCUCUUCAGCCAAUAUACAGGCCGCGAAGACUAACAGGCGGGUGCAAACAGCGGAGGCUUCGUCGCGAAGGGUGCAGAAAAACCCGUCUUCGGGGAGCAUGACGGACAGCUCCAAUUCCAGCUCCUUACUUUUCAGAAACAACGUGGAGCGUACUGGGAAUGGUGUUUCGAUUCGCAGACGACAGUCGAUACGAGAUCGGGAUCAGAACCCGAAUUUUGGCUCCCGACAGGGAGAUCCUGUAAAACGAUCCUUUCCCAAUUAUUCUAACCCACAAACACAUUCAGCAAAUCCUUCCAUACAGUCCUCCUCGUCUCAUGGGCAUGGGCAUGGGCAUGGGCGCACGGGAAACAACAGCUCUCGUUUAAGUUUCAACUUCGUUACGCCCAGCGAUCUGGCCCAGGACGAGAGUCGCACUCCUCCAGAUAGCAGUGAAUUUCUCGCCCCCAUCAAUUUCGACGAUUUCCACAAUAGCAUCAUGUCGAAAGAACCAAAUUUGAGCCAUUUCCCUCUUCCUUCGGCAAUCAGCUACGAUUCAAAACCUCUGGCUCCCCGAUCAACACCACGAUGGUCAAACCAGCAGCCACCGCAAAACGUGAAUCACGUUCGGACAGCGCCGUUCUCCCGGCGAGCAAGCAAUGCAUCGAGGAGUACAGUGGGGAGUGUAUCUACAGUAAAUGGAAAUGAAAAACCUCAGGCACCCAGUGCCGCUCGCGCACGUCGAUUGAGCCAUGCCCUUCCGCCUUCCUCUGGCGUCAUGGCAACAACGACGACGACGGCGCGACCGCCUAGAAAAUCCAUUGGACCGGGGAGUUUAGUUACAGACGCCGGGGACCCCGGUGUCCCACGACGAAGACCAAGUUUGUCGACAAGGAAAAAUACGGUGGACGCUAAUCGUUCGGCUCAGCAUCCUUUUUCUUUGCAGAUGGCAACCCAACAAAGCAUGGAUGCAGGUCCUUCUGAAUCUUCAAUGUUUUUAAAUACACCUAGAAACCAGAAAGCAAAAUCACUGCAACCACCUCUGCGGGUGCCCAGAGAGAGUUUAAUUAUCCCAUCCACUAGCUCAGAACCUUCGAGGUCUCUGUCAAAUAGUGGUGUGCGAAGCCCAGGCAAGGCAGCGCAGAACCGGACAACUACUCCUUCAUCGUCGUCGAAGCGGGUGUCGACUAUGCCCCCUCAUGCUCACGGUUUAGGAGCACGAACAAUUAGCCCCACCGAUGCCAGGCGUAUGAAACGAAUGUCAUUGAUGCCCCAACCUCCGCCAAUGCCACAUACACCUCCGACACAGCAAGAUGCCACGCUCCCUCCGACCCGCUCUUCAGCCCAGUCUCCUUCCAUGAUACCCAGGAAAAGCGUUACUCCUUCCUCCACCAGGACCACGCCAGACCCGCAUCGCAAAUCCUACAGUUCAGGGAUAUCUUUGUCUUCCAAUACCAGUAAUAAUUCUGCUCGAAAUUCUAACGGGUCUUUGCAGCCAAGACUGUCCCAGAAUGUUUCAACAUCUAGACUACCAACUCCCAAACCACGUACUGAAAACUCAUCGAAUAAUGAAGAGGAAGAAGUUCCCCCAGUUCCAGCCAUUCCCAAGGCGUACGAAUCGCCCAAGACUGAAGGAGAGCUCCAGCUUUCCGUCACUCGAAAAUCCAGUCUACCCCUAGACGCUGGACGAUCAAGAGUCAGCUCAAGAUUAGACUCCGAUUCCGUCGAUACUCCUAGUAAAAGGCCUAUAUUAGAUGAUUUCCAAGUUACCAGAGCAAUUAUCCACCGGGCGGAUUCCAAACCUAGACCUGCCUCAAAUGUUGGCAGAAAAAACCUUCAACCACUGAAGCUCCCGCCCCUUAAUCUACUGCCUCUAAGCAUUCCUAUGACGAACAAAAUUAAAUCUUUGAGAGAUAAAGGCGCACAAGAUUCAAACAUGCGUGUCUUUAGCACACCCCCACCCCUCCUGCCCUUGACCAAAACCCCAACCACUCCAAUGACAGCUUCAAAGGUCAGCUUCUUUUCUCAUGGUAUACUCGAUCAAGAGCCACUGCCAUCACCGCAACCGAGGAGCACUAGUUCGCAUUAUUCACUCCGCAACGAUCCAGUCCGAUUCCGGGCUCAAAAUAGUUCCAGUGCCCUCGGCCCAUUGGACGUUGCCUCCGACAGCAGGAGUGUUUCUCCUUAUGUUUUGACGUCCAUACCAGGAACGAAGCCAGAGUUUACUCAUACACGACCCGAGUAUUCCAGGACCAAUUCUAAUAGGCUGACUGGACCCCGGCCUCAAACUCAGUUUGCUACUAUUUCUCCGCGUGUUGAGCCGUCGAACUUUGUUCUGCAACCGAGUACAGAUAACGGAUCUGAGAGUAGCCUCCCGUCUUCCACCCGACGGGACGCCAGAGGUGAUCACUAUAGAGCGAAAUCUCACCAUAUUAUCACGGAACCAAUCAAUGAUCCCUCCAAGCAUGGCAGCAUGCCUCCUCCGAAACUUCCGGCGUCAGCUACUUGGAAUAACCUGUCAAGUACUAGACAAAGCCCUAAUUCCAAACCUGCAUAUAUACAGACCAGACGUAAAGCGUCCACGUCAAGUGUCACAAAUGGUAUUACUCUGCGGAACCAAAGCGUCAGCAGCGAACAGAGUCUGGCUCUUAACCCCAGUUCCUCCAUUGAUGCCGGCGAAACUGAGAGUCAGCCCAGUCGGUCAUCGUCUUUAUUAUCUCCUGUGCAUAAACUCCUCUCAAACUCCAAAUCCCCUCCUUGCAAGCUUCACCCUCAGGAUCAGAAUCUUGAUCGGGACUAUAUAUCAGCCGAAGAAGAGAUGCGGAAACUAGGUAGUAAACGGAAAGAUUUCGAAAGUGCCGUAAGGGAGCUAGACGAGUUGCGAAGACGGGCAAACCCUAAGGAGCGAGUUGGACCCGCACAGGCUCUAAAGAUGGCUACUUUGAACAUAUUCGAGAAAGGCGAAAUUAUUGACUUCAAGGAUAUCUAUUUCUGCGGCACGCACAAGGCGAAGAAACAUGUUGGUGAUCUUAAUGCGCAAAGUGCCAAUUUUGGUUACGACGAUGAGCGUGGCGAUUACAAUAUCGUCCUUGGAGACCAUCUUGCGUACCGUUAUGAAAUUGUCGAUAUCUUGGGCAAGGGGAGUUUUGGUCAAGUGGUACGAUGCGUUGACCAUAAAACAGGGGCCCUCGUUGCGGUGAAAAUCAUCAGGAAUAAAAAGCGAUUCCAUCAGCAGGCGUUGGUUGAAGUGAAUAUCCUACAAAAGCUUAAGGAAUGGGAUCCCAACCGACGCCACAGCGUUGUGAACUUUACUCAAAGCUUUUACUUCCGUGGGCACCUUUGUAUAUCGACAGAACUUCUAGGCAUGAAUCUGUAUGAGUUUAUCAAAGCUCAUGAUUUCAGAGGCUUUUCGCUUAAACUCAUCCGCCGGUUUACGAAGCAGCUGCUCAGCACUUUGGUUCUUUUGCACAAGCACAAGGUCAUUCACUGUGACCUGAAACCAGAGAAUGUGCUUCUUGCUCACCCUAUGCAUUCGGAAAUCAAAGUGAUUGACUUUGGCUCGAGUUGUUUCGAAAAUGAGAAAGUGUACACUUACAUACAGAGUCGCUUUUAUCGCUCCCCUGAAGUUAUUUUGGGCAUGUCGUACGGAAUGCCCAUUGACAUGUGGAGCGUGGGCUGUAUCCUAGCUGAAUUAUUCACUGGCUACCCCAUUUUCCCUGGUGAAAACGAACAAGAGCAGUUGGCAUGUAUCAUGGAGGUGUUCGGACCCCCCGAAAAACAUCUUAUCGAAAAGAGCACACGGAGAAAGCUUUUCUUCGACUCACUCGGCAAGCCUCGUCUGACUGUCUCAUCCAAGGGUAGAAGAAGAAAGCCAAGCUCCAAGGAACUCCGCCAAGUCCUAAAAUGCGACGAUGAAGCUUUCCUCGACUUUAUAGCUCGCUGUUUGCGAUGGGAUCCAAACAGACGCCUCACUCCCAACGACGCCUUAAACCACGAGUUCAUCACCGGCAUCAAAUCCAACCCGCGAUCACGAGUCCAUCUCGUCUCGGUCAACUCGCCAGCAAAACGCAUGGCUUCAGGACCGGCCUCAUCAACCAUCCGACCGCUUCCCGAUCCCCCAUCCUUCGCCACCAAGAGUGGAGGGCGAGUUCGAGAUUCGUCAAGCCAGUCUCCCAUUAAGAAUACAGGUCCUAAACGGAGUUCAACUAUCAGCACUGCCUCCACGGUAAACAGUAUAAGCAAGCGAACGUCGAAUGGAAAUCCAAUAUCCGGCUCCGCUCUGCCACGGGUCUCGAGAGCUGCUAGUGGGAAAGCGGAUCUGGCAACAGCGGCAGCGGCAGCCAGCCUGGUAAGCUGA